ACAACAGUCAACCAUCUCACUGUUUCUCCAACCAGUUGUGUGAUACCCACAAGUAUAAUAAACAUGGGCUACAAAGUUUUAUGGCUGCUAUAUUUCUUCUGUGUUUUGUGCGUCAUUAAUAUUGUGGAUAGUGCAGAUAUAUUUCAAGAUGCAACAGAUUUUACUGGACGUGUACACAGAGACUUCAGAGGAAAACCGUUUAAUGAAGACCCACAAAUGUAUUAUGGCAAUUCAGGAAUGAGAGGUCCGCCUGAACAAAGAGGGAAUUCAGGAAAAAAAGGGCCUCCUGACCAAAGAGGUCCGCCAGCAAAUAGAGGACCCCCAGCGAAUAGAGGACCACCAGCAAAUAGAGGACCCCCAGCAAAUAGAGGGCCCCCUGACCACAACAAACCAGACAGCUAUGGUCCGACUAAUAGCCAAGAGUACUACCCCAACAAUGGAGUUGUAACCAAUAGUGUUAACAACCAGUUCCAAGGAGGUCAACCAGUAACUAUAGGGAAUAAUAUGCAGAAUAAUGAAAAUGUAGUCAAACCAUACAACAACAACAAUGUUGGUUAUCAAGUGAAUAACUGUAAUAAUAAUCCCCGCAUACCAAUCUAUGAGUAUCAGGGAAGACCAAUGUUUCAAGCUGUGCCUGUCACUCCAGAAAGUUAACUAAUUUAAGUUAUUGUUAUUUUAGUGUUUAAUUUUUCAAGGAAAUUCAUUCUAGAAAUAUUUAUUUAUCUAGUAGUAGGUAGAAAAUUACAUACUCACAAUUAACCAUAAUACAUUUAUUUUAUGUUAUUAAAAUAAAAACAAAAAGCAGUGUGCAUUGUUGUUCAUGUUGUUUACAACUUUACAAGUAGUAAUGGUUAAUUUAUUAAAAAGAAAUAAGAGCCAAUUUGAUCGCAUUUGAUUAUUUGCAAAACUUAUCAUAAAACGCAAUAACGAAGGUUGACUUUAUUUUGUACUAUCAAACAUAGAUAUUAAGAACUAUGAGUGCUAACGAACUGAUACCGGUUUUUAAGUUUUUGUUAGCUUAUCUCAUCCGUGAUCCGAGAUAACCAACGAGUUCUCAAUCAGUCGUGCGAAGGCCUCUUGAAAACAAAGUCGGUGAUUUGUUAAAAAUGAUUUGACAUGGUUUAUAAACAAAUAUUUCUGUGGACUUUAAGUGUCAUCUGUGUUGCCAGUUCACAAUGGUCCCAAGGAAACAGAGAAAACUGGGGAUCUCCGCCAAACAGGAACCCAUAUGGAAGUCCUGCAGAUUACUGGGGACAGUCCUCAAACAGAGGACCACCACCAGGUCGUGGACCUCCACCGGAUCGAGGACCCCCACCAAAUCGAGGACCUCCACCAUAUGACUGGGGGCCACCAUCAAAUCGAUAUCCUCCACCGCCUCCACCUAAUAGUAAACCACCAUCAUAUGGACGACCUUCACCGUACGGAGGAUAUCAGCCAUAUGGAGGGCCUCCAACACAUGGAAGGCCUCCACCACACGGAGGGCCUCCACCACACGGAGGGCCUCCACGACACGGAGGGCCUCCACCACACGGAGGGCCUCCACCACACGGAAGGCCUCCACCACACGGAGGGCCUCCACCAGAUCGAAGGCCUCCUCCAUACGAUAGGCCUCCACAACAUGGAGGACCUCCACCAGAUGGAAGGCCUCCUCCAAAUCAUCGUGAAUCAUCAAACAGAGAUCCGCCAGAGUUUAGAAAAACUCCAUCAUAUUACGACUUAUCUAGGAACAAUGAUUACACCAAAUUGCCAAGGACCAAUAAUGCAGAAUCUGGAAGACCAUCAUACUAUGAUGAACUAGGUGAACAUAAAAGGCCACCAAGACAAAGAGGACCACAAGACUACGGCUCUCCACCUAAUGAACUGCCUCCAGAUAAUUGGCGACCUCCACCGAAUGAAAGACCACCGCCUGAUAGGGGACCACCGCCUGAUAGAGGAUCACCGCCUGAUAGAAGACCACCACCUAAUAGAGGACCACCGCCUGAUAGAGGACCACCGCCUGAUAGAGGACCACCACCGGACAGGGGACCACCACCAGACAGGGGACCACCACGGAACAGAGGCCCAUCACCUAACAGAGGGCCACCAUCUGAUAGAGGGCCGCCAUCUGACGGAGGGCCACCAUCUGAUAGAGGACCGCCACCAAAUCAAGAACCAUCACAAUACGGGGGUACCUCAGAAAACUGGGAUCGUCAACCAAACAGAGGAUCUCAAAACGGAAAUUCUUCACCGUCACCAAACACAGAGUUAUCAACAGACAAACCGCGCCCGGCACAAAGCGAAUCUUCUUCAGAUUCCGAAUCCAUAUUAUUCCGAAACUUGGAAAAUUUCUCUAGUGAUAAUGGCCCCACUGAAGUCAUAAAGACGGGUAUAGGUAUUGCGAAAGAAUUAGGUGAAAACAUUAAUUCUAAAACCGAACGUUUAAUUAAAAGUGAAACCGCAGAAAGUGAUGAAGAUAAAAAUAAUAGUAAUAAAUCCAGUGCAAGUGGAAUAUAUCAAUACAUGGGAUUGCCAAUAUUUCAGGCGUUGCCUGUGACUCCAGCAGUCUAAUAAGAAUUUAAGAUAUAAAGGUUUAUACAAAAAAAUUAUAGAUAAGGUGAAACAUUGCUUGUAAUACUCAUAAAUAUACAUGUUAUUUCUUAGUCUUAAUUAAAAUAUUAAGUAAAAGAUAUAUGGAAUUCCUUUAAUAAUAGUCCUGUCGAUAGCAUGUUUAAAAGAAUAAACCAUAGCAUAAUUAUAAUCUACUGAGCCUGAACCUCUAACUAAGCAGUAAUGUAAAUUUUUAUCUUAAAUCUUUAUGAAAUUAUAAAGGGAAAUUACCUAAUAA